GCAGUUCCAAUUAAAAUGUCAUAAGGGCAGGAAUCAUCACUUAAAUUUAAGGUACAUAUGUGAGCUCCGUCUAGCACCUAGCACAGGGCCUGGACAUGGCAGGUGUUACUGUUUCCUGAACAGAAUCGUCCAUUAUCGUCCAUUAUGUCUAAUGUAGCGUUACAGUCAGGAAGAUACAAAGACUCCAUUAUAUAGCAGUGACUCCGCAAGAUGUCAGCCUCAGUCCCUCAAGGCCAUAACUGGGCCCAACGGGUGAAGAAGGAAGAUGAAGAAGAAGAAGACCCACUGGACCAGCUCAUCUCCCGCUCUGGUUGUGCUGCAGCGCACUUUGCAGUGCAGGAGUGCAUGGCCCAGCACCAGGACUGGCGGCAGUGCCAGCCACAGGUGCAGGCAUUCAGGCAUUGCAUGAAUGAACAGCAGGCAAAGCGACGGGAGGAGCUGCAGAGGAGGAAAGAACAAGCCAGUGCCCACCACUGAGACCUCAUACCACCUGCCCCAAGAGGAUGGCUCUGCAGAAAUCAGCACCCAGAGAGAUCAUGGGAGGAAGAAGUCCUGAAGUAUGAGCCAGGAGGUGUAAAACUUGCAAAUAGUCUUUGGGACUAGACUUGAGAAUCACACAUGAGGACUUUGGAUGACUCAUAAAGACCUGUCAUAUUUUAAUGGUCAGAUAUCCCACAUCCUCACCCAUCUUGUUCCACCAAUAUUUGCCAUGGAAAACAAAGAGUGGUAUAGGGUGUGCUCCCCACCCCACUUCUUGGGUCAGUGUGUAAGAACUGAGAUGAUAAGGACAUUUUAAUUUUAUAAGCAAAUUCACAACCUAAUCAGGUCUGUCUCUUCAGUUGUGGGUUCAACAACAGCAAGUUUUCCUAAAGGAUUGUGUUGGAGCUAAUGUGAAGAAUAAUGUGACCUGUGCCUUCAUGUCGCUUGGGGUCUAGUUUGAGGGAUGGAAAUAAAUCAACACUGGAACAACUAACUUCAUUUCAAACAA